GACAAUACCAUUCCUCAAACAUAUUCCGAUCCCUCCGUCCCUGAAGUGAGCCUUUAUUAGUCGGGAUCGUUUGGAUCUUAUCUUAUCUAUGUGACACUCGCUGGAAGAAAAGGCUGGAGGGGCCACACAGAGAAGGGGAUUAUCCGAGAGCUGCCCCCCGAUCCGCCGCGUCCUGACACGGGAGAGCCCCGCGCACACCUCGCCCCCUUUAUCUUCCAUCUUUCCAGGGGCGCACGGACGAGGAGCCCUGGCCGCACUUGCACCACUAUCUGCCCAUCUUUUGUCUCCGCGUCGCUGGGAUCACACGGGAGGCUGCCUGGUCCCCGCAGCAUCAGCACCAGCAGCAUCAGCCCUCCUCCUUCUGUCUCCGCUUCCUAAUCGGCCGAUCUCCAUCUCCAGCCUUUGAUUUGCAAAACACUUCCCUGCUUGACGUUUGACCCCUCGAGUCAAUCCCAUGUUCCGAGCUCCCGCGGCUGAAAGAAGUCAAACAACUACUUUCUUGCUUUUCUUUUAUUUCUUUCUUUCCUCGAAUCGUCUGAUGAGUGUUUGUCCGGUGGAAUAUGAGUUAAAUUGGAGUCGAGGCUCCGCUCAAGAGCGUCUUUAAGUUCGUUUCAAGACAAAUCUACACCUCAACUCUUUGUCAAGGUUCUUCAGCAGAAGAGAAAACCAACACCGGAGAAUCAAAAUGAUGCUGAGCCCGGACCAGGCCGAGUCGGACCUCUCCUGGACUCAGUCCGACCCGGAGACCAUGCUCAACGGCCUCAGGUCGGCCGGCUGCACCUCGGACGACCCGACGGAGGGAGAGGAACGGGCCAAGUGCAAAUCCGACCAGCCGCUGAGCCGGGAGGAGAAGCGGCGGCGGCGGAGGGCCACGGCCAAGUACCGCUCGGCCCACGCCACCCGGGAGAGGAUCCGGGUGGAGGCGUUCAACGUGGCCUUCGCGGAGCUGAGGAAGCUGCUGCCCACCUUGCCCCCCGACAAGAAACUCUCCAAGAUCGAGAUCCUCAGACUGGCUAUCUGUUACAUCUCCUAUCUCAACCACGUGUUGGAUGUGUGAGAGCCACCCGGACUCCCCCAC